UAUGCUUUUAAGAUGUUGCGGUUGUUUAGAUUAAAAUAGAGAUAGAUUAGCUUGCUUUAAAAAGAUGAUGCAAUUAUUUUAUUUGAACUUCUGUUCCUAUGAACUUGUUUCUUGUGACAAGUCACGUAUCCUAGAAUAGAUAACUAUGCUUCUACUUGCAGAGAGCUGUGUGUGUGUGUGUGUGUUUGUGUUUACGGUAUAUGACAUAUGCAAGGGAGGAGACUUAUUGUACUAAUGCAAAUUUUAUGCACGACUAUAAAGCGCUAUGUUUGGAACACAUUCAAGCAGCACUUCGAAGUGAAGACUUCUCGCUAUCACUUUAAUUUUUUUAAACAACUUAUGAGUUGUUUUUAAUAAAGCAAACCCAUUCCCAAUGGUGAUGCGUUAAACUUCUUUUUAAACAAGUCUCUGAGUAUUUUAUUAUUAGUAACCUAUUCUCUGAACUUGAAGAAAACGUCUGUCAAAGACCCAUCGCAGCACGGACCUGGCUGAGUGAGCACGGACACCUGUGGGGGGGAUUCCUAAACUUCUGACUGCACCUUCACCAAUACAAGAGGAACAACCAUGAGCAACAUUUACUAUGGCCCGAGUAACAAAUCGAUUGACAACUGCACUGAUGUGGACGAUCUGAUGAAGCGAUACUACCUGCCCGUGUUUUACGGCGCGAUCUUCAUCGUAGGUGUGGUGGGCAACAUCACCGCUUUGCUGGUCUAUGUUGUUAAAGUCCGUCCCUGGAAGAGCAGCACCAUCAUCAUGGUGAACCUUGUCGUCACCGACCUCCUCUUCAUGAUCCCCUUGCCCUUUCUGACCUACUUCUACAGCCAAAACGACUCGUGGACGCUGGGCAUCACUAUGUGUCGCUUCACGCACUUCAUCUUCCACUUCAACCUCUACGGCAGCAUCCUCUUCCUCACCUGUCUGGCCAUCUUUCGCUACGUGGCAAUCGUGCAUCCAAUGCAUGCACACAGCAUCAAGAAGAAGCGCUGGGGAACGCUGGCAUGCAUCCUGGGCUGGACUGUGGCGGUCGCAGAAAUAAGUCCGACUUUUAACAAAUUUGAUAUGAAGGAGAAGAACAACAAAACCUACUGCUUGGAUCUUGCGAGCAACAACCCAAAAUUCAUGUGGCCUUACAGUUGGGUGCUGACCGUGCUUGGAUAUCUGGUUCCUCUAGUCGUGGUCUGUCUUUGCUAUUGGCGCAUCAUUAAGGAGCUCAGGAAGGGUCCCCAUAAGGAAACCAGCAAACGGGUUAGAGCGAGGCGGCUCAUCGUGUUGAUUUUGACGUGCUUCAUUGUGUGCUUUUUCCCUUUUCAUGCACUACGAGCUUGGAGGAUCUACACAAAACUCACUCCGGAAACCAACUGCAUGCUGUACCGCUGGGCUCACGCCGCCUAUAUCAUCUCGAGGCCGAUCGCUGCAGUCAACAUCAUUAUCAACCUGCCACUCUAUACGUUAUCAGGGGAUUGUUUCAAGCAGGCCUUCAUGGAAAUGUUCAGAUUUGAUCGGCUCAUGUCAGUGAUCAACAAACCCACGACCAACAUCUCAAAUGAUCAAAGCAGCUGAGACUAACUCUGGUGUUUGAAAUGUACAAUAAACGAUGAUCUAUUGUUGGCUAUUGCUACAAAUAAACCUGUGCUGCCUAUGACUGCUUUUAUGCUCCAGGGUCACAAAUGUGCACUUUCUCUUUCACUUUCAUUUCAGAACCAACAAUUGGUCUAAAAUAAAUAGGCUUAAUGUAAACAAACAAAUAUGCAAAGGCAUGUUCCAUGUGCUCAAGUUAUUGCAUUGCUGUUGUACAUGUAAUGGUCUCUGUGUUUGUGCCAGUCUUAACUUGAUGAUGGUAUUAUGUUCCUUUGUCAUACAAGAUUGACAGCAAUAAAAGUGACUAAAAUUA